UUGAAGUUGUUUUUCUCUAUUUCUAGAUGGUAUUUGUAUCCCUGGGAGCACCAAGGAGAGAACGUAAAGGUGAUGGUGUACAGCUUCCAGCAUCUUGCCUACCCCCUCCUCAAAAGGACAACAUUCCAAUGCUUUUACUCUUGCAAGAACCUCAUCUUACUACUCUUUUUGAUCUGUUGGAGAUGCUAGCCUCCUUUAAACCUCCUUCUGGAGAAGCAUCUAUGGAAGAUACUGAGAGUGCAAAAUGUGAAGAACUCCAUCUCCACGCAGAAAACUUAUCGAGACGUGUUUGGGAACUGUUAAUGCUUCUACCAACAUGCCCUAAUAUGUUGCAGGCAUUCCAGAAUAUUUCAGAUGAACAGGGUAAUGAUGGCUUCAGCUGGAAGGAUCUUUUGCGAAUAAAAAGUGCCCAUAAACUUUUGUAUGCCUUGGAAAUUAUUGAAGCUCUGGGAAAGCCCAACAGAAGAAUAAGACGUGAAUCUACGGGAAGUUAUAGUGAUCUUUAUCCAGACUCAGAUGAUUCAAGUGAAGAUCAAAUAGAAAAUAGUAAAAACACAUGGAGCUGCAAGUUUGUUGCGGCUGGAGGGCUCCAACAAUUACUAGAAAUUUUUAAUUCUGGAAUCUUAGAGCCUAAAGAACGAGAGUCAUGGACUGUGUGGCAACUGGACUGCCUUGCUUGCUUGCUGAAGCUGAUAUGCCAGUUUGCAGUUGAUCCUUCAGAUCUGGAUUUAGCUUACCAUGAUGUCUUUGCCUGGUCUGGUGUAGCAGAGAGUCACAGAAAAAGAACAUGGCCUGGCAAAUCAAGGAAGGCUGCAAGUGACCAUGUGAAGGGCCUUCACAUACCUCGCUUAACAGAGGUGUUUCUUGUACUUGUCCAGGGAACCAGUCUGAUUCAGCGACUUAUGUCAGUUGCUUAUACGUAUGACAACUUGGCACCCAGGGUGUUGAAAGCUCAGUCUGAUCACAGAUCAAGACAUGAAGUCACACAUUACUCAAUGUGGCUCUUGGUGAGUUGGGCUCACUGCUGUUCCUCAGUGAAAUCAAGUCUGGCAGACAGUGAUUAUUUGCAAGACUGGCUAAAGAAACUUACCCUCCUUAUUCCAGAGACUGCUGUUCGUCAUGAGUCAUGCAAUGGUUUAUACAAGUUAUCUCUUUCUGGUCUCGACGGAGGAGACUCAAUUAAUCGGUCCUUUCUGCUGCUGGCUGCAUCAACAUUAUUAAAAUUUCUUCCUGAUGCUCAAUCUCUGAAACCUAUCCAGAUUGAGGACUAUGAAGAAGAACCAGUGCUACGACCAGGUUGUAAGGAAUAUUUUUGGCUGUUGUGCAAACUGAUCGAUAACAUACAUGUCAAAGAUGCAAGUCAGACCACGCUGCUUGAUCUAGAUGCACUAGCAAGACAUCUUGCUGACUGCAUUCGGAGCAGAGAAAUCCUUGACCAUCAAGAUGGCAAUAUAGAAGAUGAUGGACUUACAGGACUGCUUCGUCUCGCUACAAGUGUUAUUAAGCACAAGCCACCCUUUAAGUUUUCUCGUGAAGGGCAGGAGUUCCUGAGAGACAUCUUCAAUCUUUUGUUCUUGCUGCCAAGUUUAAAAGACAGACAACAGCCAAAAUGCAAGUCACAUUCUUCAAGGGCUGCUGCAUACGACUUACUGGUAGAAAUGGUAAAGGGGUCCGUUGAAAACUACAGGCUACUCCACAACUGGGUUAUGGCACAACAUAUGCAGUCCUCCCAUGCACCUUACAAGUGGGAUUAUUGGCCGCAUGAUGAUGUUCGAGCUGAAUGUCGAUUUGUGGGUCUGACUAAUUUAGGAGCAACCUGUUACUUGGCAUCGACUAUUCAGCAGCUAUAUAUGAUACCAGAAGCCAGACAAGCAAUCUUUACUGCAAAGUAUUCAGAAGAUAUGAAACACAAGACUACUCUACUAGAACUCCAGAAAAUGUUUACAUACUUAAUGGAAAGUGAAUGUAAAGCGUAUAAUCCACGGCCCUUUUGUAAAACUUAUACCAUGGAUAAGCAGCCAUUGAACACUGGAGAGCAGAAAGAUAUGACUGAGUUCUUCACUGACCUGAUCACAAAAAUAGAAGAGAUGUCUCCAGAACUGAAAAACACAGUGAAAAGUUUGUUUGGAGGUGUUAUUACAAACAAUGUUGUUUCCUUGGAUUGUGAACAUGUAAGUCAGACUGCUGAAGAAUUCUAUACAGUAAGAUGCCAGGUAGCAGAUAUGAAGAAUAUUUACGAAUCUCUUGAUGAAGUAACUAUUAAAGAUACCUUGGAAGGUGACAACAUGUAUACAUGUUCUCAUUGUGGGAAAAAAGUGCGGGCUGAAAAAAGGGCAUGUUUUAAGAAACUACCUCGUAUCUUAAGCUUCAACACUAUGAGAUAUACAUUUAAUAUGGUAACUAUGAUGAAGGAGAAAGUGAACACUCAUUUUUCAUUCCCUCUGCGUUUGGAUAUGACACCUUAUACUGAAGAUUUCCUCAUGGGAAAAAAUGACAGGAAAGAAGGUUUUAAGGAAGACGGUGAAUAUUUGAAAGAAACUGAGAGUUAUGAGUAUGAUCUCAUCGGUGUAACAGUUCAUACAGGAACAGCAGAUGGUGGACACUAUUAUAGUUUCAUCAGAGAUAUAGUAAAUCCCCACGCUUACAAAAACAACAAAUGGUAUCUUUUCAACGAUGCUGAAGUAAAACCAUUUGAUUCAACGCAGCUUGCCUCAGAAUGUUUUGGUGGAGAAAUGACUACAAAAACAUAUGAUUCUGUUACUGAUAAAUUUAUGGACUUCUCCUUUGAAAAGACACACAGUGCUUACAUGCUGUUUUAUAAACGGAUGGAGCUGGAAGAGGAAAAUGGCAAAGACUACAAAUUUGAUGUUUCUUCGGAGUUGCUGGAGUGGAUAUGGCAUGAUAACAUGCAGUUUCUUCAAGACAAGAACAUUUUUGAACAUACAUAUUUUGGGUUUAUGUGGCAUUUGUGUAGUAGCAUCCCAAGCACGCUACCAGAUCCAAAAGCAGUUUCCCUGAUGACAGCAAAGUUAAGCACUUCUUUUGUACUAGAGACAUUUAUUCAUUCAAAAGAAAAGCCUACAAUGCUUCAGUGGAUUGAACUUUUAACAAAGCAGUUUAAUAACAGUCAGGCAGCUUGUGAAUGGUUUUUGGAUCGUAUGGCAGAUGAUGAUUGGUGGCCAAUGCAGAUUCUAAUAAAGUGUCCCAAUCAGAUUGUGAGACAGAUGUUCCAACGUUUGUGCAUUCACGUGAUACAGAGACUGAGACCAGUGCAUGCACAUCUUUAUCUUCAGCCAGGGAUAGAAGACUGUUCGGAUGACAUGGAUGGUCCCGUGGAAGACAUCGGCAGUCGCUCUUGUGUAACACGUUUUGUGAAGACUCUCUUGUCUAUUAUGGAGCAUGGUGUUAAGCCACACAGUAAACACCUCACAGAAUACUUUGCCUUUCUUUAUGAAUUUGCCAAAAUGGGUGAAGAGGAAAGCCAAUUCUUGCUUUCACUGCAAGCCAUAUCAACAAUGGUUCAUUUCUACAUGGGAACUAAAGGACCUGAAAAUCCACAGGUUGAAGUACUUUCUGAGGAAGAAGGGGAGGAGGAGGAGGAGGAGGAAGAUAUACUUUCUUUAGCAGAAGAAAAAUACAGGCCUGCUGCUCUUGAGAAGAUGAUUGCUCUGAUUGCUCUCCUAGUUGAACAGUCUCGCUCUGAAAGGCAUUUGACUUUAUCACAGAAUGACAUGGCAGCAUUAACAGGAGGAAAGGGUUUUCCUUUUUUGUUUCAACAUAUCCGUGAUGGUAUCAACAUCAGGCAAACUUGCAAUCUCAUCUUCAGUUUGUGUCGGUACAAUAACAGACUUGCAGAACAUAUUGUGUCCAUGCUUUUCACAUCAAUAGCAAAGUUGACUCCUGAGGCAGCCAAUCCUUUUUUCAAAUUGUUGACUAUGCUAAUGGAAUUUGCUGGUGGACCCCCAGGAAUGCCACCUUUUGCUUCUUACAUUCUGCAGAGGAUUUGGGAGGUCAUUGAAUACAACCCAUCUCAGUGCCUGGAUUGGCUGGCUGUGCAAACACCUCGAAAUAAACUAGCACACAGCUGGGUGCUACAAAACAUGGAAAACUGGGUUGAACGUUUUCUUUUGGCACAUAACUAUCCUAGAGUGAGAACUUCUGCAGCCUAUCUCUUGGUGUCGCUUAUUCCAAGCAAUUCCUUCCGUCAGAUGUUCCGAUCAACCCGCUCUUUGCACAUCCCUACACGUGAUCUGCCUCUUAGUCCAGAUACUACAGUAGUUCUUCAUCAAGUCUACAAUGUGCUUCUUGGCCUUCUUUCAAGAGCUAAGUUAUAUGUUGAUGCUGCUGUUCAUGGCACAACAAAACUCGUGCCCUAUUUCAGUUUUAUGACAUACUGCUUGAUCUCAAAAACUGAGAAACUCAUGUUUUCUACUUACUUCAUGGAUUUAUGGAACCUUUUCCAGCCUAAACUUUCUGAGCCAGCUAUAGCCACCAACCACAAUAAACAGGCUUUGUUGUCUUUUUGGUAUAACGUCUGUGUUGACUGUCCAGAGAAUGUGCGCCUUAUUGUACAGAACCCUGUGGUGACAAAGAACAUUGCCUUCAAUUACAUCCUUGCUGACCACGAUGAUCAGGAUGUAGUGCUCUUCAACCGUGGGAUGCUGCCUGCCUACUAUGGCAUCCUGCGUCUCUGCUGUGAGCAGUCCCCUGCGUUCACGAGGCAGUUGGCUUCUCACCAGAACAUCCAGUGGGCCUUCAAGAAUCUCACACCACAUGCCAGUCAGUACCCAGGAGCAGUCGAAGAACUGUUUAACCUCAUGCAACUUUUUGUAGCUCAGAGACCAGACAUGAGAGAGGAGGAGAUAGAAGACAUAAAGCAGUUUAAGAAAACCACCAUAAGCUGUUAUCUGCGCUGCUUGGAUGGACGAUCUUGUUGGACUACUUUAAUAAGUGCCUUCAGAAUAUUAUUGGAGUCUGAUGAAGACAGGCUUCUUGUUGUGUUUAACAGAGGAUUGAUUCUGAUGACUGAGUCAUUUAACACAUUACACAUGAUGUACCACGAGGCUACAGCUUGCCACGUGACUGGAGACCUGGUAGAACUUCUGUCUAUAUUCCUUUCAGUUCUUAAAUCGACACGUCCAUAUCUUCAAAGAAAAGAUGUGAAGCAAGCUCUCAUUCAGUGGCAGGAGCGAAUUGAAUUUGCCCAUAAACUUUUAACUUUGCUAAAUUCCUACAGUCCUCCAGAACUUAGAAAUGCUUGUAUUGAUGUCCUCAAGGAGCUUGUACUUUUAAGUCCUCAUGAUUUCCUACAUACUCUGGUUCCAUUUCUACAGCACAAUCAUUGUACAUACCACCACAGUAAUAUCCCAAUGUCUCUUGGACCUUAUUUUCCAUGUCGUGAAAACUUGAAAUUAAUAGGGGGAAAAAGCAAUAUUCGUCCUCCACGUCCUGAGCUCAAUAUGUGCCUCUUGCCUACUAUGGUAGAAGCCAGCAAGGUACAGUGGUCGCAAGGACACACUGAGUGCAGGCACUGCCCCAGUGGACACUGCUAUUCAGAAAGAAUCCAGUCUCCUGCACAUGGGGUGUGUGUGCACGUAGAUGGGAAUCUGUGUGGGCAACACAUUUCGAAGAAGCACGGUUACUGUAGGGGAAAAGAUGAUGUUUAUGAUCGUAUGCUGCUAGACUACUUCUUUUCUUAUCAUCAAUUCAUCCAUCUACUAUGCCGAGUUGCAAUCAGCUGUGAAAAGUUUACUGAAACAUUAGUUAAAAUGAGUGUUCUUGUUGCAUAUGAAGGUUUACCACUUCAUCUUGCAUUAUUCCCCAAACUUUGGACUGAGCUUUGUCAGACUCAGUCUGCAAUGUCAAAGAACAGUGUAAAGCUCCUCUGUGAAGAUCCAGUUUUUGCAGAAUAUAUAAAAUGUAUUUUAAUGGAUGAAAGGACUUUCCUUAACAACAACAUUGUAUACACCUUUUUGACGCAUUUUCUUCUUAAGGUCCAAGGGCAGGUGUUUUCUGAAGCAAACUGUGCCAAUUUAAUCAAUACUCUGAUUACAAAUCUAAUAAAUCAGUAUCAAAGCCUAGAAUCUGAUUUCAGCAGCCAGAGAGUUGAAAUCUCCAAAGCAAGCUCUGCUUUAAAUGGGGACCUCCGAGCACUUGCCUUGCUGCUUUCAGUGCAUACUCCUAAACAGCUCAAUUCAGCCCUGAUUCCGACUUUACAAGAACUUUUAAACAAGUGUAGAGCAUGUCAACAACAGAGGAAUUCACUACAAGAACAAGAAGCCAAAGAAAGAAAAAUUAAAGAUGAUGAAGAAGCUACUCCUGUAAAAAGAAGACGGGUCAGCAGUGAUGAGGAGCACACCGUAGACAGUUGUAUCAGUGAUAUAAAAACUGAACCCCAGGAAGCAUUGACCCCAACAAGCACUUCAGAUAAUGAGACACGGGACUCUUCGAUCAUUGAUCCAGGCACUGAACAAGAUCUUCCUUCCCCUGAAAAUAAUUCUGUCAAAGAGUACAGAAUGGAAGUUCCAUCUUCAUUUUCAGAAGACAUAAUGCUGACAAUGAGGUCACAACAUACAGAAGAGCAGUCAGGAAAUGGUAAAUUUCAAGAAUGCAAAGAAUUUAAAGACCUGCAGACUUCCAAGGAUUCCGUUGCAGCAGAGGAGGACUCGGAGUUUCCUUCCACAUCAAUUUCAGCAGUUUUAUCUGACCUCACAGAUUUGAGAGGCUGUGAUAGUCAAGCCUUAUCAUCCCAGGACCCUGAAACUAGUUUAUCAAUCACUUGUGGCCAUUCCAGAGGACUUUUUAGUCUUAUGCAGCAGCAUGACAUUUUAGACAUCCUGUGUAGGACCAUUGAGUCUACAAUUCAUGUGGUUACAAGGAUAUCUGGAAAAGGAAAUCAAGCUGCUUCUUGACAUUAGAUGAAGCAUGUCUGCUUCUAAGUCUUUUUUUUUUUUCCUUCCUUCCCCCAAAAAUGCUGUUGCCUAAGUUUUGCUUAUUUCUGUUUUGUGCUUCAGUUUGUCCAGUGCUCUCUGCUUGAAUGGCAAGAUAGACUUAUAUGCUUAAUUCUUGGUCAGGCAGAACUCCAGUUUUAUUUUUUGUUUGGUUUUGGUUUUUCUUUUUUGCAUCUACCAUACACUUUCUUAAAGGGCAAUCAGAUAAUGGAUAUGUUUUAUGUAAUUAAAAAUUCACUGUAGUGGCUUUCAUUUAAUAUGGCUGUCUGGGAGAACAGGGCCUCCUUGCCCUGUAGGAUGUAAUUUAAACUUAUGGCAUUUUUACUGUGUAUAAUAUGGUGUCCUCUGUGCCAGUUUUGUACCUUAUAAUAGAGGCAGAUUGCCUCAGAUCGCUGUGGUUCUUAUUAUCAAAAUUAAGUUUACUUGUAUACUAAACAACCACAAGAAAUUUGAUUCUGUAAAGAAUCCUCUUUAGCUGUGGCCUGGCAGUAUAUAUAUGGUGCUUUAUUUAACAGAAUACCUGUGGAGGAAAUAAAGCACACUUGAUGUAAAAAUAAUUGUUUUAUUUUUAUUGACAUGAUCAAUUGCUAUUCUGUGCACUUCAUUAAACUGAUUGUGAUGACUUUUCAUUUGUUUA